CUCACACGGCUCGGGGAGAUCUCGGGCUUUAAGGACGGCUCAGCCCGGCCCCGGCGGCCCGCUCCCGGCCGGCCCAGGCCCCGCCAGCCACCAGCGGCAGCCCCGGCUCCCCGCCGCUGAGGGCCGGCGAGCGGCGAGCCCCGGCCCGAGCCCAACGGCCCCGGGCCGCCCGGGGGAGCUCGGUGCCCGCUGCCGCGGGCAGGGGCCGGCGGCGGGGCUUAUGGGGCCGUGGGGGAAACUGCCCUGAGGGCUGCUGCCCUGAGGGCUGUCCGGCGCCUGGGGAGCCCAUGGGGUGGCUGUGCAGCUUCAUUAAUGGAGAUUGGGAUGGCAGGAAGCUUGGCAGUCUGUAGAAGCUCUGGGACAGACGGUCUCAGCUGAUAUUAGCAGGAGUCUGCCAGCUUCCAUAAUACAGAUGUUUUCAGAAGAGAGGUGUUUACAUCCCUUUGCACAGUGUGCUACUAUCCUCAUUCUCCACUACGCUUUGUGUGAAUGGGUGGAGGAAAGGGAAGAGGUUGAAAAGGAUGUUCUGCAAGUAUUUUUUAUCAUGGGAGAAGAGGCAUAGGCAGCAAGACAGCGACUUGCACUUGCCCAAUCAACAACUGGAAGAAUGCCACGUUCUAAAAGUAACUCGGUGUCUUUUCAGGAGGAUGUUACAAAUGAUACUUCACACUUGAGUGAAAUGAAAAUUUCGGAUGUAAGAAGAUCUGUUGAGAAAAGAACAAUGACUCUGAUUGGGAAGAAUGGCUGUCAUGACUCCGUCUACAUAAACGCCGCUAAGAUUUUUCAAGGCAUUCGUAAUAAAAAGCCUAAAGAUAAGAUGUUAGUGCAGUAUGGUGAUGACUCAGUAUCUCCUGUGCUAACUUUUAAAGAUGAGUAUUCCCAGCGUGUGUGUUACGAACUAGCUUUCAAUGCUCUGAAAUAUCAAGAGCUUCUUGAAGAAAUACUGCUGGACAGUUGUGUUUACCCAUGUCAGUCAAUACCAGAUGAAUUAACCAGCUUGCUUGUUGUGAUGCUGUAUGACUUCCAAGACCGAAAGUUUGAAGCACGAGAGAAUUUUGAUGAAGAGGAACCUGUAGCAGAAGUUAGGAGGAUAGAACAUUUUCUAUACAGUUUUAGGAUCAAAUUGGCAGCUGCACUAGCAAGAUGUCGCAUCAAACAUGAUGCUCUUUCAAUUGAAUACAUUCUACCAGAAACCGUACGGAAGCAUGAACAAAGGGCUUCUGCCUUACCUUUAUGUGUCUGGAUAAAUACAUUUAAGACCAGCCUUCAAGAUGUCAUCAGAGAUUUGAAGAAUAAGGGAUUCACAAAAGUUGAAUCUGUGUCAGACUUCAACCGUUACACUUACUGUAUGGACCAGCAUUGCCAUGAUGUAUUGUUUUUUCCUUCCUCUCUUAAAGAAGAACUGCUUAAUUCAGAUCUUUUUGCAGAUUGCAAACUCUUACUACAGGAUAAGUCUCGCAGUCUUGCUGUACACUCCGUGCAGGCGCUGCUGAAUACGGAUGGUGACAUUAUAGUGGCUCAUGUAGGUUCCCAUCUGACCGUCGCCCAUAUGUCAGCGCUGAGAAGUCACAGCACGUCCAGAGUUUUUGUUUGUGGUGUAAAAUCUUCAGCAAAAGCAGAUGAACUGAGGAACUUGUUCAGUCAUAUGGGAUGUGAAAAUAUUCAGUUGUUAUAUGAAGAUUUUACUGAGAUUCAACCAACAGAUCCCAGACUUCAAAACGCGAAAGUGAUUUUGUUGAUACCACAAUGCUCUGGACUGGGUUUUAGUAAUCCAAUAGAUUUUAUUUUAAGUGAACAUGGAGAUGCAGGAUUGCUAAGAGACCUUUUACAAGGAUCUGUGUCUAAGGAUAAACUCUGUAGUCUUGCUGAGCGGCAGCUUACCGAGUUGAUGCAUGCAAUGAAAUUUAAAGUACAAGCUAUUGUUUACUGCACUUCUUCAGUUUACCCAGAAGAGAAUGAACUAGUAGUGAAAAAAGCACUGGAAUCUGGUGUGGAAGGACAUAAACUAAAACGAUUUAGGCUUAUUCCUCCUGUUUUUUCUACGUGCUCCAAUCCAGAGUCCUGCACUGACUUUUUUUUCAGAACAGAACUAUCAGAAAUUUCUAGUGGCUGUUUCCUAGCUAUUAUAGCAAGAGAGAAAGAUUCUUCUGAAAAUGUGUCCGUUCAAGACAUUUUGGCUCGUGCAGCAGCUAAAGGACUACUGGGCAGCAUUGCAGAAAAAACAAAGGACAAUGAGAACAAGCAAUGGAAAACAACACAACAUGGAAAUGGCGUUACUGGUAGCGGUACAGAGCCUAAAAGGGCCGAGUUCCCUCACCAUAAGGAUAUAUCUAAUAUUAAUGCUGUGGUUUCAGUAUCUAAAGUAGUAACUAAACUGAGAAAAAAGAAUGUCAACCAACCAGUCAGUUACGUUCAGCUGAAGAAACCUGUCAGCCCAGCUGCAGGCACAGGUCUUCCUCGAGUGCUGAAACACACAGCUCACUUGCCGGCUGUUGGCAAGGGCCAUGGAAGACAGAUGCUUGCCAGAAAGGCGCGUGCAGAACGUAAGAAGGUUGUGUUGAAGCCUGUGCAAAUUGUUUUGCCUCCAGUGAUAUCACCAUAUGUACGUCCCCAGCCUGGGAUGCCAACUUCCAGUUCCUAUUUUGACCGGACUGGAGCAAAGAGCUUGAGUGACAGGGCACUUCCACCGCCUCUGCCUAAAAGUGGUCACGCCAACCGUGCUAAGGAAUCGACCGUGGCUGUAAGGGUCCUUAAACUUUCCUCCAGAUUUACAGAAAAGCACCAGCCAACCUGGCUGGAUGAGCUUUAGAAGAAAGGAUGUAUUACACCACCAGUGUAGACAGCUGCCUCGUGUUCAUCACGUAAAUAUCAGUGCCUCACCGAAUCAGUGAACACUUCUUAGUGUUUUUAAUCCGCACCAGCGGUUGUACUCAGUCAUCACUCACCUGCUGUAUAUCCUUGUGUACCCACGCUCCUUACCUGUUCCAAGGAAAGGAUAAGCUCUGUUUCUGGAGAAACUGUAAGGAUGUAUCUAGACCUGUGUGCUUGUAAUGUAUAGAACUGAAAAGAAAUCCCCAUUUUAUUUCAAAACCAUCUUAAAGGAGGAUUCCACGCUAGACGAAAGGAAAGGAGUUUUUUUUUUUUUAAAUACUGUUGUUAAAUGCCUUAAAACUUAAGAGAUUUUGUAGU